AUGGCAGCCACUACACAGCCACUGCCCGUUAGCAAGCUGACCUGUGGCUUUUGCGGGUUCGUCUCACCACACUUCAAUGCGGACCCAAACGACGUAUGGGCACCUUAUUACCGCGCCGUUUAUAGUAUUGGCCCACCAGACUCGUUGUCGACUUCCAAACCCCGCCUCUCUGGCGUUGGCUUCCACAGGCAUGACCGAGAGGGAAACUACGUCCCUGCGCAUGCACACCAGCGAUGGGACGAACUGAAUCCUCAUACGAACUCGAAUCUGGCGCCUUUUGAUCUCGUACGGAUCCGUGACAUCAAGCCACCCGGUCCGGAAGUCCCGGCGCAUGAGCAUGCGAGCUAUGCGUGGGGUUUCCUCUUCCACGAGGCGUGCUGGGGGGUGCUAGAGCAGGCCGUCAAGCCUGAGGAAGUAGAUCUUGGAGCCUUGUGGCGUAUUCUGUGCUCGGUACCCUGCGGAAGUGAAUUGCCAAAUUGGGGACACAACUAUGGGGGCUUGUACAUGGGCACCAUGAGAGAUCAGGCGAGGGGCGAGCAUUUUGUGCUGUUGGGUAGGAAUAGCAACUUGGUGAUUCCAAGCACAUUCUGGAAUCCGUUCAAGGUGCCAGAAUUGGAGAGAUUGGUGUCGAGUCACAGAAUCAAGGAGCGAGAAGAGCGAGAGAAGGAAGCUGCUCGUGCAGGAUAUGAGGAUGAUCAGAGACCAGUAUCGUCAUUCGGACCUUCUGGAGCCAAGGAGUCGUUCGCUGCUUUGCCGCUAGAGCUCAAGGAGAUGCUCAUGUGCUAUUUGAAGUCGGCGGAUGCAGCGAAUCUUAGGCUCGCGUCACGAGCAAUAGCUUCUACGCCUCUGACACAACAUUUCUUUCAAUCGCGAUUUUGGCCUGAUCGAGAGAUGGCCGUAUAUUUUGACCCUUUCUUGCUCCCGCAAUCUGAGAUGCGUGGCACGGACUGGCAGAAACUCUAUUGGCUGUUGAAAAUAAGAUCCAAAUACAAUCGGGUUUGUCUUGGCGAGCGAAAUCGAUUAAGAUUAUGGGGUUCGACAAUCAAAUAUUUGGCACAGGCGAUGGAACAGAUACAAUGCUUGAGUACACUCAAGGGAGGCCCGGAUUGGAAGUGGGAUUCAAAUGCUUCCAGUUUGGAUUCAGAUUGGAAAAUUUGUAGAACAGCGAAACUGCAGAGACCAAUGAUUUUUGGCGAGAUCGGAAGAGUCGUGUUUCGAGCUGAGGUGGAAUUACCUACCGACAAGAUGAUUGGCGUAUUUGUGUCUUUGAUGGAAUUCUUCGGGUCGAGAUAUAUCACAGGCUUGCGCUUUGUAUUCCAAAAGUCCGAGGACAUGGAGAUUGGAUAUAUCCUCAAAGGCUCCGAAGAGUAUUUGUUGGUUUAUGGUGGUUUAGGUGGCUUCCAUUGCGCAACUGAUGAAUGUGGGUUCAGAGGUUUGGCUUUGGUCACAGGACACGACUUGGUGACCGAAUACUUGAGCUGGGCUGGCAAUCCUGAAGCAUUAACUAUCUUCCCGCUGGAGUCUGCUUCAACGGCCGGUGUGAGGAAGAUAAGAGCUUCGUUCGAUGGAUUUCGACUACAAGCACUUCUCAUUCCAGAUAUGUAG